CCCCGGCCGGCGCCGCAGUAUAAGAAGGGGGCGGUUGACGUCAGCGUUCUCUUCCGCCCGCUCUGCGCUCGCCAGCGAGACAGGGCUGCCACCGCCGCCAUUGCUGCACCCCCCCCGCCCCGGAGAAUCCACCGCCAUCCGCCACCAUGGUGAACUUCACAGUAGACCAGAUACGGGCCAUCAUGGACAAAAAGGCCAACAUCAGAAACAUGUCUGUGAUCGCCCAUGUUGAUCACGGCAAAUCAACCUUGACUGACUCUCUGGUAUGCAAAGCUGGUAUCAUCGCCUCUGCCCGCGCGGGGGAGACCCGUUUCACUGACACAAGGAAAGACGAGCAGGAACGGUGCAUCACUAUCAAGUCAACAGCUAUCUCUUUAUUCUAUGAGCUCUCUGAAAAUGAUUUGGCCUUCAUCAAGCAGAGCAAAGAUGGUUCUGGUUUUUUGAUCAACCUGAUUGACUCUCCUGGACACGUGGACUUCUCUUCAGAGGUCACUGCUGCUCUUCGUGUCACUGACGGUGCCCUGGUUGUCGUAGACUGUGUCUCUGGUGUAUGUGUGCAGACAGAGACUGUGUUGCGUCAGGCCAUUGCCGAGAGGAUCAAGCCUGUUCUGAUGAUGAACAAGAUGGACCGAGCACUGCUGGAGCUGCAGCUGGAGCCUGAGGAGCUGUACCAGACCUUCCAGCGCAUUGUGGAAAAUGUGAACGUCAUUAUUUCCACGUAUGGAGAAGGAGAAAGUGGUCCCAUGGGAAAUAUCAUGAUUGAUCCAGUGCUUGGUACAGUUGGCUUUGGUUCUGGCCUGCACGGCUGGGCUUUCACUCUGAAGCAGUUUGCUGAGAUGUAUGUUGCAAAGUUCGCUGCCAAGGGUGAGGCCCAACUGAAUCCAACGGAGCGUGCCAAGAAAGUUGAGGACAUGAUGAAGAAGCUGUGGGGAGACAGGUAUUUUGAUCCUGCUACUGGCAAGUUCAGCAAAUCUGCUACCAGCCCUGAUGGAAAGAAACUGCCCCGGACUUUCUGUCAGCUCAUUCUUGACCCCAUCUUCAAGGUUUUUGAUGCAAUCAUGAACUUCAAGAAAGAGGAGGCAGCUAAAUUGAUAGAGAAACUGGACAUCAAGCUUGACAGUGAAGAUAAGGACAAAGAGGGCAAACCCCUGCUGAAGGCUGUGAUGAGGCGCUGGCUGCCUGCUGGAGAUGCCCUGCUGCAGAUGAUCACCAUCCACCUGCCUUCUCCUGUCACAGCCCAGAAGUACCGCUGUGAGCUGCUAUAUGAAGGACCCCCUGAUGAUGAGGCUGCCAUAGGUAUUAAGAACUGUGAUCCCAAAGGGCCCCUGAUGAUGUACAUCUCUAAAAUGGUGCCAACCUCUGACAAGGGACGAUUCUAUGCUUUUGGACGUGUCUUCUCUGGUCUUGUCUCAACUGGCUUGAAAGUCAGAAUCAUGGGACCAAACUACACACCUGGCAAGAAGGAGGAUCUGUAUCUGAAGCCAAUCCAAAGGACCAUUCUCAUGAUGGGCCGUUACGUUGAACCCAUUGAGGACGUGCCUUGUGGUAACAUUGUCGGUCUGGUUGGCGUUGACCAGUUCCUUGUGAAGACUGGAACCAUCACCACCUUUGAGCACGCUCACAACAUGAGAGUCAUGAAGUUCAGCGUCAGCCCUGUUGUGCGUGUGGCUGUUGAAGCCAAGAACCCAGCUGACCUGCCCAAGCUGGUGGAAGGUCUGAAGCGUCUGGCCAAGUCUGACCCUAUGGUGCAGUGCAUCAUUGAGGAGUCUGGAGAACACAUCAUUGCUGGUGCAGGGGAGCUGCACCUGGAGAUCUGUCUGAAGGACCUGGAGGAGGACCAUGCGUGCAUUCCUAUUAAGAAAUCUGAUCCUGUCGUGUCUUACCGUGAGACAGUCAGCGAGGAAUCCAAUGUGAUGUGCCUUUCCAAGUCCCCCAACAAACACAACAGGCUCUACAUGAAGGCCAGACCCUUCCCUGAUGGACUGGCUGAGGACAUCGACAAGGGGGAGGUCUCUGCCCGCCAGGAGCUGAAGCAGCGAGCUCGCUACCUGGCUGAGAAGUACGAAUGGGACGUCACCGAAGCCAGGAAGAUCUGGUGCUUUGGUCCUGAUGGCACCGGCCCCAACAUCCUGACUGACAUCACCAAGGGAGUGCAGUACCUGAACGAGAUCAAGGACAGCGUUGUGGCUGGCUUCCAGUGGGCUACAAAGGAGGGAGUCCUGUGUGAGGAGAAUAUGCGUGCUGUUCGUUUCGAUGUGCAUGAUGUGACCUUGCACGCUGAUGCCAUUCACCGUGGAGGUGGGCAGAUCAUUCCCACUGCCAGGAGGUGCCUGUAUGCCUGUGUGCUCACUGCUCAGCCCAGGCUCAUGGAGCCCAUCUACCUUGUGGAAAUCCAGUGCCCAGAGCAGGUAGUUGGUGGCAUCUACGGUGUGCUGAACAGGAAGCGUGGCCAUGUCUUUGAGGAGUCCCAGGUGGCUGGCACCCCCAUGUUUGUGGUCAAGGCCUACCUGCCUGUCAACGAGUCCUUUGGUUUUACAGCUGACUUGCGAUCUAACACAGGGGGCCAGGCUUUCCCCCAGUGUGUGUUUGACCACUGGCAGAUCCUGCCCGGGGACCCCUUUGACAGCGCUAGCCGUCCUUGCCAGGUUGUUGCCGAGACCCGCAAACGCAAAGGGCUGAAGGAGGGUAUCCCCGCACUGGACAACUUCCUGGACAAAUUGUAAAAGCCACCGGCCCCAACAUCACUCAGUCACUGUUGUUGGACUCUGGAGGAAAAAAAACAAACUAACUAGCGUAACACCAAUGCAGCAGGCAAAUGGUAGACUGCAGUGACCAUCUCUUUGCAUUAUACUUAAUCAGUUUCAUAGCGAUUUGAGACUUUCAACAAAAAAGCAUUGAUAUUCAGCCUUAUAGGUUUCUGUGUUGCACAUGACUCAUCUGGGGCCCCACUCGGUGCCAUUGUAACUAAAAACAUUUCCACUUGACGCAACUAGAGUUGCCUGGUUCCAUAUUUAUUUGACUCAUGGGGAAAGCGUCUCUGCUUUAUUUUGCUGGGGGUGUAUAUGACAGGCAGAAGGUGGGGGGUACAGGGGCGCACUCAGUUCUUAUUUUUCCAAAAGGGGGUGACUUGAUGCCCAACUGAUUGCAAACCAAGCGAAGCAAGUUAAAUGCAUUGAGAGGGCUUGCUUGGGUUAAUGGCCUGUAGUGGGUUUUCAGGGGAGGGGUUGUCAGGGGAUUUCUGGUUGGGCAGAAACUAGAAGGCAGGGAGAUCUUGUGCAGUGUGAUUGUCAUCAUGAGCAUCAACAAAUGUAUUAGUGCCACUGGAAAUAAUAAAUUUGAUAUGGUGAUGAAUAUUCA